AUGGCGUCGCAGCGGCAGGCGACGCUUGAUGCACAGGCGGCUGUGCUGGUGGCCAAGGAGGAUGCAUACGGCGGCGUCAUAAUUGACGCGGACGCGCUGCCGCACGACGCGGACGAGUUUGCGGCCGCCCUGCAGCAGAGCGUGCAGGCGUGGAGCUCGCAGGGCAAGCGCGGCCUGUGGCUCAAGGUCCCGCUCUCCAAGGCGCACCUGGUCGGCCCCGCCGCCGCGCCCUCCACAGGCGGCUUUCAAUUCCACCACGCCGAGGCCGAUUACGUGAUGAUGACGCGCUGGCUGCCCGACGCCCCCAGCACGCUGCCGCCCAACGCGUCGCACCAGGUCGGCGUGGGGGCGUUCGUGGUGAACGAGAGGGGCGAGGUGCUCGUGGUGCAGGAGGCGAACGGGCCGCUGAAGGGCAAGCAGGUCUGGAAGAUGCCGACCGGGUUGGUCCACCAAGGGGAGGACAUUGUCUUGGCAGCGGAGAGGGAGGUGUUGGAGGAGGCCGGCAUCGCAGCACGCGUGGAGGCCGUGCUCUGCAUCCGCCAGGCCCACGGCUUCGGGUUUGGCAAGAGCGACCUGUUCGUCUGCGUCGGACUGAGGGCGAACGAGCCCGGGCAGCAGCCGCGGCCGUGCGAGGUGGAGGUCGAGGCGGCGCGCUGGAUGCCCCUGGAGGAGUAUGCGUCGAGCCACUUCCAGCGGGGGGUGCCGCUGUACGAGACCAUGCUGGCCCGAUGCGUCGCCUGGGCCGAGGGGCGGUACAGCGGGUGGCGGGCGGAGAGCCUGCAGGCGGGCCUGUGGGGGCGGCAGCGCGUGGAUACGCUCAUGUGGGGUGUUGAUGACGAGGAGGCUGCGGGCGUCCAGCAGCGCGCGGGGGACGGCGAGGGGCGGCGGCGGCAAGAUGGGCGACUCGACGAGCGGCGAUCGGAGGAUGGGGAUGGUGGCGGCGUCGCACCGGGACCUCCUGGCGCCGCGCGUCCGGCGUUGUAA